AUGGUCUGCUUCACCGUUUGGAUUCCUUACUACCAACUCCGUCUGUACAAGAAUCAGCAAAUCAUCUCAAAGGAUGUUUGUGGUGGUAGCAGCUGUUUUCAAAUUGAGAAUUAUGAUGGCCAGAGACGAAUUGGACCUGAAAUUGUGAUUAAAGGCACAACUGGAGUUGAGCUUGCUUCAGGGCUCCAUUGGUAUUUGAAGUAUAAAUGUAAUGCUCAUGUUUCUUGGGACAAGACUGGUGGCAUCCAGAUUGCCUCUGUUCCACAGCCUGGACAUCUACCUCGUCUAUCUUCUAAACGCAUCUUGAUUCGGCGUCCUGUUCCUUGGAAUUAUUACCAAAAUGUUGUUACUUCUAGCUGUAAGACAUUUACAGUUCUUGGGGAUCAAAAUUCUCUCAUGUGUCAUCAAAUGAGAUGGGAGAGAGAGAUUGACUGGAUGGCAUUGCAAGGAAUUAACUUGCCUCUAGCAUUCACUGGCCAAGAAGCUAUUUGGCAAAAGGUUUUCAAGAGGUUCAAUAUCAGCAAAGAAGAUCUGGAUGAUUAUUUUGGUGGACCAGCGUUCCUUGCUUGGGCUCGCAUGGGAAAUCUUCACGCGUGGGGUGGUCCAUUAUCGGAAAACUGGUUAGGUGAUCAGUUGCUUUUGCAGAAACGGAUACUUUCUCAAAUGCUGGAGCUUGGCAUGACUCCAGUACUUCCAUCAUUCUCUGGCAAUGUUCCAUCAGCUUUGAGAAAGAUAUAUCCUGAGGCAAAUAUAACCCGACUUGAUAACUGGAACACGGUGGAUGGGGAUUCUCGCUGGUGCUGCACUUACCUUUUGAAUCCUUCUGAUCCUCUCUUCAUUGACAUUGGAGAGGCUUUUAUUAAACAACAAAUUGAAGAAUAUGGCGAGAUUACAAACAUCUAUAACUGUGAUACAUUCAAUGAAAAUACUCCUCCCACAAGUGAGCCUGAGUAUAUAUCUUCACUAGGAGCUGCAGUGUACAAAGCUAUGUCCAAAGGAAACAAGAAUGCUGUAUGGUUAAUGCAAGGUUGGCUUUUUAGUUCGGACUCAGGAUUCUGGAAGCCGCCUCAGAUGAAAGCGCUCUUGCAUUCCGUUCCCUUUGGCAAAAUGAUAACUCUUGAUCUGUUUGCCGAUGUCAAACCGAUAUGGAACACAUCCGCCCAGUUUUAUGGAACUCCUUAUAUCUGGUGCAUGCUUCACAAUUUUGGAGGCAACAUUGAAAUGUAUGGGACUCUUGAUUCAAUUUCUUCAGGACCAGUUGAUGCUCGUGUCAGCGAAAAUUCAACCAUGGUCGGUGUAGGAAUGUGCAUGGAAGGAAUAGAGCAGAACCCAGUUGUUUACGAGCUAAUUUCUGAAAUGGCAUUUAGAGAUGAGAAAGUUGAUGUACAGAAAUGGCUGAAGAGCUAUGCACGCAGAAGAUACAUGAAAGAAAAUCAUAAAAUCGAGGCCGCUUGGGAGAUUCUCUAUCACACUGUCUACAACUGCACUGAUGGAAUUGCAGAUCAUAACACAGAUUUCAUAGUCAAACUUCCGGACUGGGAUCCAGACGAAUUAAAACAAACAGAUUCAUAUUCGAUCUCCACUCACCCAUAUGAAACAAAAAGAAGAUUCUUGUUUCAAGAUAAGAGCUCUGGUUUGCCUAAGGCGCAUUUAUGGUAUUCUACAAAGGAUGUGAUAAAAGCUCUCCAACUUUUCCUGGAAGCUGGAGAUGAUCUGUUUGGGAGCUCAACAUAUAGGUACGACAUGGUUGAUUUGACCCGUCAAGUUUUAUCGAAGCUAGCAAAUCAGGUGUACAUCGAAGCAGUGACUGUUUAUGGAAAGAAAGAUAUCGGAAGCUUAAGACGAUUGAGCGCGAAGUUUCUUGAGCUUAUAAAGGACAUCGACGUUUUGCUUGCUUCCGAUGAUAAUUUCCUUCUGGGGACAUGGCUUGAGAGUGCAAAGAAGUUGGCCAGAAACAGUGAUGAAAGGAAACAGUAUGAGUGGAACGCCAGAACGCAGGUGACGAUGUGGUAUGACUCGAAAGAUGUGAACCAAAGCAAGCUUCAUGAUUAUGCAAACAAGUUCUGGAGUGGGUUACUUGAAGACUACUACUUACCCCGGGCGAGAUUGUAUUUCGACGAAAUGCUAAAAAGCUUACAAGAUAAGAAGAAACUAGAGAUAGAGAAAUGGCGAAGAGAAUGGAUAAUGAAGUCACACAAAUGGCAGCAAAGUUCAUCAGAGGUGUAUCCGGUUAAGGCAAAAGGAGACGCCUUAGCUAUUUCAAGGCAUCUGUUUCGUAAGUACUUCCCAUGA